AUGUUAAUUUUCGAUAUUUUACUAUUUAUUGGAGUUGUUAAAGCCCAAAUUGUGGUCACGACGUGGGGAGCCGACGGAUUUCAAGAGGCCACUUUCAAUGCUUUCGAAGCGUACAGAAAUGGGAACUCGCGAAUGGCCUCGCUUGUCGAGGGUUUAUCCACGUGUGAACGCUUGCAAUGUGAUACAACAGUUGGUUACGGUGGAUCGCCGGAUGAGAACGGAGAAACGACACUGGACGCUUUGCUCAUUGAUGGCCCCGGCCAUAAAAUGUCGGGGGUGGCUCAGCUGAGACGGGUGAAAGACGCGGCACGGGUGGCAUGGGCGGUGAUGAAUUACACGGAACACACGAUGCUAGUUGGGGAACAAGCCACCCAAUUCGCGUUAAGGAUGGGCUUUUCGGAGACGGAUUUAACGACGAAUGCGUCACUCGAAAUGCUUCAAAAAUGGAAAAACAACAAUUGUCAGCCGAAUUUUUGGACGAAUGUUUUUCCAAAUCCAAAACAAACUUGUGGUCCAUAUCAUCGAAAUGAGAUUUUCAAGACGAAUUCGAAGUCAGAAAUCGUUACGAAUCGUGUGAUCGAUCGCUACAAUCACGAUACAAUUGGCAUGGUAAUCAUUGAUGAAAGUGGAGAAAUCUCUGCGGGAACUUCGACGAAUGGCGCUAGUCAUAAAAUCCCAGGAAGAGUCGGAGAUUCAUCGAUUCCCGGCUCUGGAGCCUAUUUGACACAGAAAGUGGGUGGAGCGGCGGCGACAGGAGACGGCGAUGUGAUGAUGAGGUUCUUGCCGAGUUAUCAAACGGUGGAAUUCAUGCGACAAGGCGCUGCUCCAAGUGAAGCCGCGAGAAAAGCCCUAGCAAGGAUCUCUCAAUUUUAUCCCAAAUUCCAGGGAGCUAUUGUGGCAGCCAAUGUGAAAGGUGAUCACGGUGCUGCCUGUGCCGGAAUGCCUUCGUUCACCUAUUCUUACAUGGAAAGCGGUGAUGAAAAGACGAAAACGGCCACCGUUCUUUGUACA